AGCGGGGCCGGUUCCUGGGGGGCUCAACCUAUCCCCCCUCCCCAAAUCCCAGCGGGGAUCGCUCAGUUCGCACUGCCCGGGGAGGGUGAACCCCCCCUUUCCCAGCUGGCUCCCUGGGGGGGUGGGUGAGGGUUCUACAUAUGGUUCUUUAAUUUAUCAGUCAAGUUGGUUGGAAUCGGCGCUGCCGAGUUAUGAGAAGGUCACUUUCGGAGCAAUAAUUGGAUUUUAAAAGUGUGUUGAUCAUUCUGUUUAGAUGGUAGUUGUACGGGGUUUUAUGGCCGUAUCUUUGUCGUAUCUUUUUAUGUUAUCUUUGUCAGGCAGAAUGAAAUGACUGGAUCAUAAAUAAAAGGUGUUAAUGAGCUCCGUUAUCACAAGCUGAUGACUUGGGACCUUACAAUGAGUCAAAGCCAGCUGAAAACACUGACGACUGAUCCAGUCCAAGUGUUGUCCUUUUCCUUCUCUGGGUUAGCAGAAGGGUAGUUGGUAUGUGCAGGAGAUAUAAACGCUGCUUGUUCUUUAAUUAACCUUGAGGAGUUGAUUUGACCUAGUUUUGUGUUUGGCAAUGGAGCGAGCAAAGGAGUUGUUGCCCUCUCAGUGUCUGUGUAACUGGUGUGUCCACUUAAUGUUAUAUUCUUCCACUUUGAUUUUACAUAAGGACUGCCAUUGUCACCUGCUGAGGUUCUGCCCUGGCUGUGUCCCCAGAUAACCCAGAAUCACUGGAAUUGUUGGCAGAGGGAAAUACUGAGUGCUAUCGAUCUGGUUUGAGUUCCAGGAUUGCACCCCUGCCUGGCACCAGCGGAGGAGUUUGGCCACUGCUGGGAUAUAAAGGCUGAACUAAGCGAAUCUGUGACCUGAGUGCUGAUCCAGAUGUUGCUGUGGAAUACCAAAAACGGGCUGUGAUGACCUCCUUUGUACCAGCUUGUUCUUUAUAAUGUAGCUGCAUCUGAAGACAUCCCUGUGGCUUUGUGUCAUGCUGAGUAACAACAUGGGACAUUGUUUCCUGGGACGGGGAGCCAUGAUUCCAAGGAAGCUGAAGCCCUUUCUCUGCAGGAUGCUGUCGGGUUACAAACCCAAAACCGACAUCAAGGACUCCUACAAAAUUCUGGAGCUGGAGGAAGGGUGUUCCCCUGACGAUGUCAGGAAUUCCUAUCGCAACCUUGCCAAAAAAUACCACCCGGACAGCAGCUCGGGCAUGGCCGACUCCAAGGCCUUCAUCAGGGUGGAGGAGGCCUACAGGGUUGUGCUCAGCGACCUGGCGGCCAAGCAGAGCUCAGAUCGUGGAGAGGAGGAGGAUGAGGAGCAGCUGAAAGCCAAAUCCCUGCAGCACAGGCACUACCUGAGCUUCGAGGGCGUGGGCAUCGGCACGCCGAGCCAGCGGGAGAAGCAGUACAUGCAGUUCCGCGUGGACCGCGCCAGCGAGCAGGUGCUGCAGUACCGGCAGCAGCGGCUGGAGAGCCGCGCCGCCGGCAGCCACCUCAGCACGGCCAGGGACGUGCGCCAGAGCAAGAAGGUGAAGAUCACCCAGGCCGUGGAGCGCCUGGUGGAGGAUCUCAUCCAGGAGUCCAUGGCCAAAGGCGACUUCGACAACCUCCGGGGCAAAGGGAAGCCGCUGCAGAAGUUCUCGCACAGCCCCCACAUCGACCCCAUGACGCACAACCUGAACAGGAUCCUCAUCGACAACGGCUACCAGCCCGAGUGGAUCCUGCUGCAGAAGGAGAUCCGCCAGACCAUCGAGCGCCUGAGGAGCGGCGUGCUGGCCUCCAGGAGGAAGCUGGGCGAGCCCAUGACGCUGCCCGAGCAGAAGCAGUGGGGGCGGGUUUGCGAGCAGCUGGCAGAGGACAUCAGGAAACUGAACAAGAGAGUCGAUGACUUCAACCUGGUGGUGCCCAUCCUGAGCAGGCAGAUGGUGCAUUUCAGCACGGACAAGGAAAUCCUGAGGGCGAGGAAGAUGUACGAGGCUGUGCUGGAAAAGGGUUCCGACCCAGACACGAAGGAAACCGAGGGGGACAAGGGCAAAAGGUUUGGGUGGAAGUCUUCUCUCUUGAAGUGGUUAAAACUUACACCGAAAUAAUUUCAUGCUGAUUCUUCCUGUCGAGGUUUUGAAUGCACUUUAUUAAUGAAAUAUAGCACCAGGUUCACUGAAAAUGUCAAAUGCACACUGUCACCUUACUUGAAGGAAAUUUGGUUGUGUGAUGAGCAUUAGUAUUACUAAUAAUUGAGUUAUUUUUAAAUAUUAUUAAAUGAAAUGUGCCAGUUUGG